CUAACAUACAGAGUUCCAUUGAGCUCGUGCGGUUCUUAGAAAAGACGUUUUAUUUAUCCUUGUAUUUUUUCUCGCUCAAAAUUUGAAUCAAAUCUCGCGAGAAUUUAUGAUAACAACAACAACAAUAAUAAUAUAACCUGACUCAAGGGUGAAGAGGUGCUUUGAAAGAUCUCCAGGAUGGCCGAGCUGGACGAGCCGGACCUGGUCAAGGAGGACGGACGAGUGUAUCGCAACCCCACGGAGAUGAAGAUGAGCCAGAUCAUACUUCCCUGCCAUGCCAACCAUUGCAAGGAGCUGAACGUGGGGCAGCUUCUCAAAUGGAUGGACUCCACUGCCUGCCUCUCUGCUGAAAGACACGCAGGAUGUUCGUGUGUCACAGCCUCCGUGGAUGACAUUCACUUCGAGCACACCAUCAGUGUUGGACAAGUGGUUAACAUCAAGGCUAAAGUCAACAGAGCUUUCAACACAAGCAUGGAGGUGGGGAUAGUGGUGAGCUGUGAGGACCUGUACAGUAACUGCCACUGGAAAGUCUGCCAGGCGUUUGCCACCUUUGUGGCUCGGAGGACAGGUAAUGACAAGGUUCAUCUGAAGCAACUGGUCCCUUACACACACCGUGAGAAGUUGGAGUACAGCGUUGCAGCGGAGAGGAGGAGGAUGAGGCUGCUGCACGUCGAGAUCAUGAAAGAUCUGCUGAAUGACGCCGCUUUCCAGGCGAGCAAAAGCGAGGGAGUGUGUGGCCAGGACAAGGAGGAAGAAAUACCGACUGAGAAAACAAGAGUAGAGAGCGUAGAGCUGGUACUGCCUACACACGCCAACCACCAGGUGAACACUUUCGGAGGCCAGAUCAUGGCGUGGAUGGAAAACGUAGCCACCAUUGCUGCCAGCCGGUUAAGCCAUGCCCACCCGACCCUGAGAACCAUAGACAUGUUUCACUUCAGAGGACCGUCUCAAGUUGGAGACCGCGUCAUCCUCAAAGCCAUCGUCAACAACACCUUUGAGAACAGUAUGGAGGUGGGCGUAUGUGCAGAGGCGUAUCACGGGGAGGAGCCUCUGAGACACAUUAACAGUGCCUUUAUGACUUAUGAGGUGCUGGAUAACGAAGGCAGGCCACGCCCGCUACCCCGAAUACGACCUGAACCGCUGGAUGGGAAAAGGAGAUACCAAGAGGCGAUUGCCCGAAAGAAGAUUCGACUCGACAGAAAAUACAUAAUCUCCUGUAAACACACUGAAGUGCCCUUGUCUGUCCCCUGGGACCCCAGUAACCAGGUGUAUCUGAGCUACAACAACGUGUUUGCGCUGAAGACGUUGGCGUCCAGAAACACCUGGGUUCUGAGUUCUCAGAAGAAAAACGUGCGGCUGUACACUCUGGAGGAGAAUCAGAGCCUCUGCGUCAGGCUUGAAACGGAGGUGAACGUCCCAGCAGCGAGAGCUUUCCUCCUGCUCUCCGAUCUCAGCCGCAGGCCCGAAUGGGACACGCACUACAAGCAGUGCAAGCCCAUCCUCCAGGUAGACGACGAUGAUCUGAUCUACCACGUUCUUACUCCAUCUGCGAGCGAAGUAGGAAAAGGCCAGGAUUUCAUCCUGCUCGCCUCCAGGAGGCCGCCGUGUGACACCGGGGAUCCUUAUGUUAUCGCUUUACGCUCGGUCACUCUGCCCACCCACCCUCCAACAGAGGACAUGAACAGAGGGGAGAUGCUUUGUGCAGGAUUCACCAUUUACGCCAUGUCCGAAAACGUAUCAAAGAUCUCAUAUUACAACCAGACCAAUCCGGGCGUGUUGCCGUUCUUCGCCAUGGACAUCGCCGGACUUUCGUCCAGUUUUUGUUCCAUCUUCUUUUCCUGCAAUGAGUACCUGAUGAACAACAGAGUCGGACCUUCUCUCAUCUCAACCACUUCUCUGUAGACCUCGUUACUGACGCCGUACUGUUCAGUUUUUAUAAACCGGUCUGUACUUUUUACAAACGGAACACUAGACUUUGUUGUUUUAUGGCCAGGCCAAUUUGAGGGAAUAUGUGGAAAUAGAUUUAUUUAUGUAUAUUAAAAGUUUAUAACAUUGUACAGGAUCAUUUUAACUUGUGCUAUCUCUGAUGUUAGGUGUUGAGCAUGGCAUUCUAUUAAUAAUUAUAUUUAAAAUGAGAAAUGAAACACACUUCUAUAAACAGCCAAUUUUUGGCGAGUUUUAUACAAUCACAAUAAAGAUACGAUAAAUCAAAAUAUGA